AUGGAACACCAGAGGAUCCAUCCUGGGGAAAGGCUCUGGGAGUGUGGGGAGUGUGGGAAGAGCUUCAAGAAUAGCUCCCAUCUGAUCUGGCACCAGGUGAUUCACACUGGGGAGAGCCCCUAGGAGUGUGGGAAGUGUGGGAAGAAUUUCAGGAAGAUCUCUGUCCUGAUUAACCACCAUAGGAUCCACACAGGGGAAAAGCCUGGAAAGUGCUUGGAAUGUGGGAAGAGCUUCAAUCACAGCUCCCACCUGAUCUGGCACCAGAACAUCCACACAGGAGAAUGCCCCAGCGAGUGUGGGGAAUGUGGGAAGAGCUUCAUUGAGAUGUCCAGUCUGAUUUGUCACCAGAAGAUCCACACAGAGGAAAAGCCCUACAAGUGCUUGGAAUGUGGGAAGGGCUUCAGAAAGAGCUCCUACCUGAUCCAGCACCACAGGAUCCACUCUGGGGAAAAGCCCUACGAGUGUGGGGAAUGUGGGAACAGCUUCAACCAGAGCUCCAACCUUUGGAAACACCAGCGGAUCCACAUGGGGGAACGGCUGUAUGAGUGUGGGAAAUGUGGGAAGAGCUUCAGAGACAUCUCUAACCUGAUGCAACACCAGGUGAUCCACACAAGGGAACGGCCCUACACCUGCUUGGAAUGUGGGAAGAGCUUUGGGUGGAGCUCCAAUCUGAGGGCACACCAGCGCAUCCACACUGGGGAGAGGCCCUACGAGUGUCCCGAGUGUGGGAAGAGGUUUCAGAGCAGCUCCCAUGUUCUUCAACAUGAGCAGAUUCACACAGAGGAGAGGCCCUUCCGCUGCCCUGACUGCGGGAAGGGCUUCAAGCAGAACGGCAACCUCACCGUCCACCGGCGCAUCCACAGUGGGGAGAGGCCCUACGAGUGUCCCCAGUGUGGGAAGAGCUUCUCACAGAGAUCCAACUUGACCAAACACCAACAGAGGCACCAGUAAGGGAAGCCCUGCGAGUGCCCCGAGUGCGGGAAGAGCUUCGUGCGCUGCUCCAGCUCCAUCCCCCAUGGGAGGAUCGGCGUUGGAUGAUCCCCAGUGACCCCCGUUGGGCAGAGCCCUGGUGAUCCGUGGUCCUGGUGAUCCGUGUUGGGAAGACACCUGGCUGGGAGGCUCCACAUCUUCCUGGCUCCCUAUGGGCUCCUGGAUGAAAUCAGGGAAAUGAAAACCCAACAGGAUACAGACCGACAGUGGGAAUUGUUGACUUUAAAUCCUUGAGAACCUUUUGCCUCAGGAGCAGUGUGGGCAGAGUAAAGGGGGGUGACACCGGACUUGGGGGGCCCAAGGGGAGCACACACGCUCUAUGGGGGGUGAGGACACGACCCCCGGGCCCCCCAAGUCACCUUCCUGCACAGGCAGAA